AUGUUGUGCAAUCGCAGCUUCCCCAUUCCUCCGAUUAACAAAGUCACCACCGUCAUCACCCAACACAACGUACACAAUCACAAACGCCUCGACAUUCUCAGACUGUUUCAGUCUCAUCAGACUCGCACAAUGGAAGUGGAGGCCAACACCAACAGUUCCCAUACGAGGGCGGUGGGGUUGGACUUCCUGACAAAGAAGGCCUACACUCCUCCUUCCUGGGCAUCCCAUAUCAACCCCAUCCCUUCUCAUAUCUUCUCUCUCGGACACCUUCCAACUCCAAUUCACAAAUGGAAUCUUCCUAAUUUGCCCACCAAUACUGAAGUCUGGUUGAAGCGUGAUGAUCUUUCGGGAAUGCAACUGAGUGGUAACAAGUAA